CCGUUCCAUACAUAGCCUGGGUCCAUUUAGUAUGCUUUUUCAGCCGGUUCGUUGCCUUAUUAACUAGUGGGUCCUUGCGGCCGUCGUCCUAACUGUGUGUUGUCCAAUGUACCGUGUGGUAUGUGUGUGUGUCUGGGGGUCGACGCAUCUGAAUAUAUUGCUAUGCGUACAUAGCCAUUAUGGAGCAGCAGCAGCAGGAACAAACACGGCUCUACAUUCCGCCGUGGCUCUCUGAGACCACACCGUGCGUCACCGGCAUCCUGUACCAUGCUAUCUUAGCUGUGCUCAACUAGAAUAACUAACGCGAAGUAAUUGAUGAUUAUCUUUAAAGCGGAAUAAAUUUGACAACGGACAAGGUGUGUUUCAAGUCAAGUAUCGUUACGGUGACGCUAAGGUUUAAUACAAACAUCAUUCGUGGUAGAGACUCAGUGUGUGAAAAACAAUAUUUGACUAAGUAAGGAGACCGGCGACCGGUGUAGUGAGAUUAACGAGGAGCUAGUGAGUCAGCAAGUGAGUGUGUGUUCGGUGACGCGUGCAGCAGGCGGAGAUGACGUCGAUAGCAGGCACCAUGGAUGGUGGAGACGACCAGUCCUGGAAGGCCAAGCUGAAACUGCCACCGAAAGACAACCGUAAGAAGACUUCAGAUGUCACUGAUACUAAAGGCAACGAAUUCGAUGACUUUUGCUUAAAGCGCGAGCUACUCAUGGGCAUCUUCGAGAAGGGCUGGGAAAAGCCUUCGCCCAUUCAAGAGGCUUCGAUCCCGAUCGCCCUGCUUGGCAGAGAUAUCCUUGCUCGAGCAAAGAACGGUACAGGUAAAACGGGUGCAUACACAAUCCCUGUUCUUCAAAAGAUCGACCCGACAAAAGACCACAUUCAGGCUCUGAUCAUCGUGCCAACAAGGGAGUUAGCUCUUCAAACAUCACAGAUUUGCAUCGAAAUGUCGAAACAUAUGAAUGCACGUGUCAUGGUCACGACUGGUGGCACCAACCUUAAAGACGAUAUUAUGCGUAUCUACGAAAACGUUCAUGUGAUCAUCGCCACGCCGGGUCGUAUUCUCGAUCUGAUGGAGAAGAAAGUGGCGAAGAUGAACAACUGCCAAAUGCUCGUGCUUGAUGAGGCUGACAAGCUCCUCUCACAGGACUUCAAGGGGUUACUAGAUCGUGUGAUCUCGUUUCUGCCACAGGAGCGGCAAAUCCUUCUUUAUUCAGCGACGUUUCCAUUGACCGUUGAAGAGUUCAUGCGUCGCCACCUACGGAACCCAUAUGAAAUCAACCUCAUGGAGGAGCUCACUCUUAAAGGUGUGACGCAGUACUAUGCGUUCGUGCAGGAACGCCAAAAGGUUCACUGCUUAAACACGCUUUUCUCGAAACUGCAGAUCAACCAAUCGAUUAUCUUCUGCAACUCAACCCAGCGCGUGGAGCUGCUCGCAAAGAAGAUCACAGAUCUGGGCUACUCCUGUUACUACAUCCACUCAAAAAUGUCUCAACAGCACAGAAACCGCGUGUUCCACGACUUUCGCGCCGGACAGUGUCGUAACCUUGUGUGUUCGGAUCUGUUUACGCGAGGCAUUGAUAUUCAAGCGGUCAACGUUGUCAUCAAUUUUGAUUUCCCGAAAAACGCCGAGACGUACCUUCACCGCAUCGGGCGGUCCGGCCGAUUUGGCCACCUCGGCAUUGCUAUUAACCUUAUCACAUACGAUGACCGCUUCGCCCUGCACCGCAUCGAAACGGAACUGCAGACUGAAAUCAAGCCCAUCCCAAAGCAAAUUGACAAGAGCCUGUACGUUGCGGAGUUCCAGCAGGUCGAGGAUAACUAAGAUGAAAAUCAAAUGGCAAUGACGGAGAACAGGUGGUAAAGGAAAAGGCCGUGCACACAAAACACUAUUGUACGAGCCGGCUGCUUCUUUGUAUAUGAUGCGAUUGACUGAUUCAUUCAUUGAUUUAUUUUCAUGUAGAUUUGCCUUUAUGUGGAUAGUGAUGAUAAUGAUGAAGCGGAUGAAAUGCGAUCCGACUUGGAUGAGUACGACGAUCAUAACGGUGAUCAUAGGUAAGAUUGUAUAUGUCAAAUCAAUGACAUAUAUACAAUUAUGAUGAAAUGCUGAUACUAUACAAUUAACUAUAAAGAUUAUAAUCGAUGAUGCAUGGUUGGUUGACUGUUAAGUGUCAUACAAACAAAAAUCACCGCAGGCUUUUCACGCAAGUUCAGAGAGAUAGAAAGACAAACACGCAG